UCUCUAUACUUUUCUGGGUCAAAAGAAGUUUGUACAGUGUAUGUGAGGGAGUGCAAGAGGACAAGAUGAAGCUGAAUUACUUUGUCGGCAGUCUUUUGGUCAUGAUGUGUACCGUUGGUGUUUGUACAGGAAAUGGACCCUCAAUAUCAUGUUGUACAGAAAAGGACACAACGCCAAUCAAAGCUGAAGAAAUCGUGAGCUAUGUACUUGAAAAUCCACCAUGUUAUAUAGGAGCUGUAAGGUUUCUUUUAAUAAACAACAGAACCAGGUGUUCUGAUCCAGAGAGACUUUGGGCCAAGCGUGCCAUAAAGAUAAUAAAUAUUAGAAAUACAACAAAAGCACCAAAAACCCCACCAUCUUCUGCAACCAUGAAAGAUACCACUAGAAGCACAUUUUCACCUGGAACAACUACAGACAUCACAGUUACCAUGACAACAUCUAAAGUACCAUCAUCCACAUGGGAGCCAACAACAUACACCAAUAGUUUUUCAACCAAACAACCGACUGAGAAGCCGCCUCAAAGGACAACAAUGCAAAUUCCGACAGUGAAGACGACAACAAAGAUGACUACUAUAAUGGACAGUACACCAUUGAUAACUGAUAUCAAGACGACUGUUACAACGAUGGCCAUGACCACAGAAAGGCCAGUGACCACGACAACAACUGUAAGUACAUCAAUCACACGGGAACGACCAGCAACUUACAUCACUCAUACAGCCUCGACCGAAGAAUCGCCAAGGAAUACCAGAAAACCACAACACUGGACGACAAGGCAAAUUACGACCAUUACAGAAAGGGAGAGAGUUACGCCUGAAACAAAGACAACUUCCAUGACCAGGACAACAUCCUCAACCAAAAAACUUCCUGGGAAUACCAGAAAGCCACAGCAUGGGACAACAUCAAAGCAAAAAGUGACCAUUAAGCAAAGGAACACACAUGGAACUGAAAUCAUCUUGGCUACAACAGCAGAAACCAGAGUGACCACAACAACACCUAAAGGAACAUCAACCACGAAAAGACCAGAACAGAAAAGUAAUGUUACAUCACGGAGACAACGCUGCCCACCGCUUGUGACCAAGAACCUAGAUAAGCAUAAAAAAGGCAAGAACACAUCAUGGAUAAUCAAACGCUUGUUAAAGAAACGUAAGCAAGGACUGAGGAGAGUACAAAUGAGUCCAGGAUGCAUAGAAGGUUAAGCAAAAGUCUGUGGAGUUAAAGGUUUAGAAUCUUUUGCACUUGGAGAUUACCAAAAAAUCUUGCGGUUAUUCUUCGCCCUCUGCCAUAGGCACGCACUUUCCGCAUUGACUCAUUCUGCGUCAGAUCGGUACCACUAGGACUACUUUUUAAACUUUUGAUACAUUGACAUGGCCAUGAUCUGUAUUCCGCAGUGACGUUCAUGCCAGGUUUCAAACUGUACAAAAUUUACAGAUGCAUUCAGAUUAGAUUAUUUGGCAAAUCUCAUUAUCCAGAGCUCCUUAAAGAAAUGCUUUGUAGACUUCAAGGUCAUGCUUGAAGAAUUAAACCUAAAACUCGAAGAAAUUCAAAGAAGCUAGUCCUAGUAGAGGUUAAUUUUAAUUUUCCAUGUUUUUUAUUUUGUUCUCAUUUGGGUGCUUAGUAAAGCUAUCCUGGGGAAGCUGAUCCCACCACUCGAUCCCACCACUCGAGUGCCUAUAUAUACAUAUAUAUAUAUAUACAUAUAUAUAUAUAUAUAUAUAUACAUAUAUAUAUAUAUAUAUAUAUAUAUAUAUAUAUAUAUAUGUAUUUGAAUGUAUGUAUACAUUCCCAGCAAUCCUAGAUAUGUCAUUUUUAUGCUAUAUGUAUUUUUUUGUUUGUUUGUUUCACUUUUUACAUCCAUUGUGAUCUGGAGCAAUAGAGUGUUCUAUCUCUGUUGAACCAUUGCUCUGAUGUGCGAUAAUACUGUGACAUUGAUGUAACGUAAAGUCACUUCUUGAUUAAUAUAUGCUAUGAUAUUUAUUACAUGGAUUACAAUAUUUAUGCUUCCAUUUAGAGUAUCAGUUUAUCUCAUUAAAGCACAUAUACUUUAA